AUGACUGGUUUCCUUUCAAACCUGGUUCAGUACCAGGGGCUCUUUCGGAUGAUCACAGUCCUGGGCAUUGGUGGCACAUUCCAAAUUGGCUUUCAGAUCUCCACCAUCACCUACAUGUCUCAGCACGUUAAGGCUUUCAUUAAUGAGACGUGGCUGGAGCGCUAUGGCCACCCCAUCCAGCAGGACAACCUCCUGUUCCUGUGGUCCUUCACUGUGUCCAUCUUCGGCAUAGGAGGGCUCCUGGGCUCCUCAGGCAGCAGAUACCUCACUGUCAAAUUUGGCAAAAAGAAAUGUCUCUUGUGCAACAACGUGCUGAUGAUAGUGGCAGCCUCCAUCAUGGGCUGCAGUAAAAUAUCCCAGUCCUUUGAGAUGAUUCUGAUUGGACGCUUCAUGUGUGGAGUGAGUGCAGGUCUUUGUGUUCCUCUACAUCACCAAUAUGUUGGAGAAAUUUCCCCCAGGAAGCUCCGUGGAUUUGCAAACUCGACUUCCUCCUUCUUUUGGACGUUGGGAAAAGCCAUAGGGCAAAUUUCAGGACAAAGGGAGCUGCUGGGCAGCCAGGCUCUGUGGCCCCUGCUGAUGGCCUCCUGUGGCCUGCCAGCCCUGGUGCAGCUGCUCGCCCUUCCCUUCUUCCCAGAGUCCCCACCCUACCUCCUCAUGCAGAAAGGAGACCAGGAAGCCUGCAAAAAAGCCAUAAGGCAGCUUUGGGGUGAAGGCCAACACCAAGCAGAGAUUGAUGACAUCAUGAAAGAGAAAGCAACAAUGAAAAACACCAAGAUCUUGAGUGUCCUGGAACUAGUGAGAGAACCAGCUUUCCGUUGGCAGCUGUACAUGAUAGUUACCCUGACCGCCACAAUUCAGCUCUGUGGCAUCAAUGCAAUUUAUUUUUACACUUUUGAAGUCCUCCAGGCAGCUGGCUUUGAUGAAAAAAUGGCCUCCUACAUGACCCUCUCCAUUGGGCUCUCUGAACUCGUGGCUGCUGUAGUCUGUAGCUCCAUCAUUGAGAGGCUGGGCAGGAAAGCUCUCAUCAGAGGAGGCUACUGGAUCAUGGGCUCACUGCUAGCUGCUAUCACUGUGACUCUGUCCCUGCAGGACUGGUACUUCUGGAUGCCAUACUGCAGCCUUGCUCUCAUUAUCCUGUUUACAGUUGUCUUUGCUGUUGGGCCAGGUGGCGCCACGGUUUCCACCAGGGUUGAGAUUUUCAAGCUGUCCUGCAGGCCCCCCGCCUUUGUGAUCAGCUCGGUUCUGAACUGGCUGGGGGUGUUUGUGAUCGGCACCUCCUUCCCGUUCAUCGUGGAAAGACUGAAGCACUUCUGCUUCCUCAUCUUUAUGGUGGUACUUUUCACUUCAGGGAUGAUUGUCCACCUGUUCCUCCCAGAAACAAAAGGGAAAUCAAUCGUGGAAAUCACAGAAGAAUUCAAUAAGCUGAACUUUAAAAACAAGAAAAUUCCAGCAACUCCAAAUCAUGUCUCAGAGGAUUAUACCUUCUGCACCAGGCUUUGACUGACAUGAGGGGGAAUCAGGUUUUUGUAAAAAAGUAGGGAAAAAAAGACAUUUGCCAUUUUCUGCCUGACGAGUUGCUCCAAAUGGACCGUCAGCUUUCCUAUCUGUCACUUACAAGGUUCCCAUUUUGCCAAACCAACUUCUUUCUCAAGCACUCCACUCUGGGCAGCUCUGAAAACUGA